UCACAUCCUGAGAAGGAAAAGGAAAAAGAAGGGCUGAAAAGCCAAGAUUGAAAACAGAUAUAGAGCUUGGACCCUCAAAGAAAGGCAGCAGCCAUUCUCUUUUCUCGCUCUUUAUCGGAAUGGAAUGAUAUUGACUUUACAAGGCAAUAAUAGACUUCCGCCAGUGGAUAAGAUAUUUAUUUUGUAUUGAUUUGUUUGUCCUUUUGUAGUAAGAACGGACAUUCUAGCCAGAAUGCUGUCCUGUUCAAGGAGGAGGAACUGUUUACCCUAAUGGCUUCAAGAGAAUUGUUGUGUAUUGUUUACUUCCCAUACACCCACUCUUCUAAAGCAUGCGCCAGACGGAAGGUUUCCACCCAUAUAUCCCUGCAAAUUGAAGGAGCUCGCUCAACAUCAAAAAUCAAGGACUUCUCUCCAACUCAGAAAGGAUACGAGAAAUCAUACUAGUCAACAGACACGACAGGGUGGUGAAAAAUGUGGAGAGGAACUCUCCCAAGACAUACUGUAGCUGGGAAGGACAUUAACUUCACUUGCUGAGGAUCACGAUAGCUGCCUGAAGGGUCUUGUAGCAGAGAGAGUGUUAUCAAUUCACACUGGCACUAUGGAGUUGGGCUUGGCAAAGUCUCUGCCUUUGGUGGCCAUCUUUACAGUGCUGCUGCAGUUUUGUCCAGAGGUCUUCAGUCUGGAGCUCAGCCCCAGUGAGAAGGAGGUCAUACUGAGCACCAACUCCUCCUUCACGGUGGUCUGUUCUGGUUGGAGCAAGGUGACCUGGAAGUCUCCCCACGACCCCAGCCUGGAGGGAGUGGCUGUGGAGGACAGGGGAACCACCAGUGUGCUGGUCCUCCACAACGUCACCUGGAGGCACUCUGGGAACUAUAUCUGUGAAGAGCCCUUUACAGAGGAGGCCAAGGACAUAUCAGUGUUUGUACCAGACCCUGAGGAGUGGUUUCUUCCCCUGCAGCAAGCAGUAGUGAUGAAGGAGGGAGAGGAAGGUACCAUUCCCUGCGUGGUGACUGACCCUGGCAUUAACGUGACCCUGUACGAGAGGGCCAGCAAGGCCCGUGUGGAGGGAACAUACCACCCCAGUAAAGGGUUCACCGCCAUCCUGAAAGACAGCUCCUACAUCUGCCGAGGUGCCAUGAACGGAGAGGAGAAGGCGUCCCAGGUGUAUUAUGUCUACAGCAUUGUGGUCCCCAAAUCCAUGAACGCCUUCAUGACACUCUCAAAGACGGUGCUGAAACAAGGCGAGGCCUUAAUGGUUAAUUGUACUGUAGAAGAAGCAGAGAUGGUUUACUUCGAAUGGGAUUUUCCUCGUAAAGAGACAUUUGAGCCACUGACAGACUUUCUAUCGGAGAUUAGAAUCCGCUCCUUCUUGAACAUCUCCAGUGUUACUCUGGAGGACUCUGGCCAGUACAUCUGCCGAGUGCAGCACCCUUUUUCCGGAAAGUCAGCCAUGGAUAAUCUCACUGUCACUGUUCUGGAACGGGGCUUUGUGGAUUUAGAACCCUCCAUCAACAUCAAUGUUUCAGCGCUGCAGUAUCAGAGCGUUGCGCUCACAGUGCAGAUCGAAGCGUUUCCCAAACCUCAGGUGCUCUGGACCAGAGACAACACCACCCUUACUGGGGAAACUGUAUCCAUUGACACCAGAGAGGUGCAUGAGACCAGUUACCUCAGUACUCUGACCUUGGUAAGGGUCCGGAUGGAACAGAGGGGGCUCUACACUGUCCAGGUGGCCAAUGAAGACGACGUCAAGGAGAUAACCUUUGAUCUUCAAGUCAAGUCUUCCCCGAAGAUAACAGAUUUGUCUGACCAGCACAUAGACCAGGGCCACGGAGUGCUCUGUGUCACAGAGGGGGUCCCCACACCCACCGUCCACUGGUACAGCUGUGAAAGCAUUGGAAAAUGCAGUAAUAAGACCACAGCAUGGAAGUCUCUGUCGGCUGACCAAGAGAACGUCAGCAUCCAGAUGAACGUCAGCUACAUCGAGGCCUCAGGGGUCAACCAAGUCCGCAGCCUUUUGACCUUCCAGACCAUGGGGGGUAUUACAUCAGUACGCUGUGAAGCCCGCAACGAGAGAGGGCGCAGGGCCUGGGACAUCAAACUGGUCUCGAACUCUCUGUUCUCCCAGGUGGCUGUCUUGGCUGCAGUGUUAGCCCUGGUGGUCAUUGCCGUCAUCUUCCUCAUCAUCCUCAUCGCCCUUUGGAGAAAGAAGCCCCGGUAUGAGAUCCGUUGGAAGGUGAUCGAGUCAGUGAGCUCAGAUGGCCAUAAGUACACCUACAUGGACCCCAUGCACCUGCCAUAUGACUGUGUAUGGGAGGUUCCCCGGGAUAGCCUGGUCCUGGGUCACACUCUGGGUUCUGGAGCAUUUGGGAGGGUCGUGGAGGCCACAGCCUAUGGCCUUGGUCACUCUCAGUCCACCACCAAAGUGGCUGUGAAGAUGCUCAAGUCCACAGCAAGGACAAGUGAGACUCAGGCUCUGAUAUCUGAGCUGAAGAUAAUGAGUCACCUUGGGCCCCAUCUAAACAUCGUCAACCUACUGGGGGCUUGUACGAAACGAGGUCCCAUUUACCUCAUAACUGAGUACUGUUGCUAUGGUGACCUGGUUGACUACCUUCACCGCAACAAGCAUACCUUCCUGCAGUACUACGCAGACAAAAACCGCAGGGAUGCUGAUAUGUGCAGGAACAGCACAGAGAGUACAGUCCAAAUCCAGGGAAAAAGUGAGUGUGAUGGGGGUUACAUGGACAUGACCAAGGAAGAUUCUUUAAAUUAUGUCCCAAUGCAAGAGCUGAGUGACAACAUCAAGUAUGCAGACAUCGAGACUUCAGUCAAUGAGACACCCUACCAUCAGGACAACAACUACCAAGGACAAGGCCAAGAGAGAGCAGACGUCGCGUUGUCUAUCAGUGACUCCCCAAUUCUGAGCUACACAGAUCUGGUGGGCUUUAGCUACCAAGUGGCUAAGGGCAUGGACUUCCUGGCAUCCAAGAAUUGUGUUCAUCGUGACCUGGCUGCCAGAAAUGUUCUCAUCUGCGAGGGAAAGCUGGUGAAGAUCUGUGAUUUUGGCCUGGCCCGUGAUGUCAUGAACGACUCCAACUACAUAGCCAAAGGCAAAACAUUCCUGCCACUGAAGUGGAUGGCUCCAGAGAGUAUCUUCCAGAACCUCUACACAACCUUGAGCGAUGUUUGGUCUUUUGGCAUUCUGCUUUCAGAGAUCUUUACUCUAGGAGGAACGCCCUAUCCUGACAUUCCCAUGAAUGAACAGUUCUACACUGCCUUGAAGAGAGGCUACAGGAUGCCUAAACCUGCUCAUGCUACAGACGAGAUCUAUGAUAUCAUGUGCAAGUGUUGGGAUGAGAAAUUCAAGAAGAGGCCACUCUUCUCCUCUCUGGUUAAUUUGACGGGAAACCUGCUGACCGAUGCUUACAAAAAGAAAUACACCCAGGUGAAUGAGAGCUUUCUGAAGAGCGACCACCAUGCUGCAAUCAGGUCCAAACCUAUACCAGCAGGGAACCCGGCUGUGUCUUCAGAUGACCACUCCUCAGGGGAUCGAACGGGUCAGGAGACAGGGGAGAUAGAGGAGACUGGGACGGAGGCUGGCCCCUCCCAGACUGACUACAUAAUCGCCAUCCCAGAUAUCCAUGUAGCCGAAGAGGCAGAAGCAGGUGGUGAGGUGCUGGACACCGCCACACAGAGUACAUUAAGUCCUCCAAACACAACCGACCAGGCUGAUACAGCCUCCCUGGAUGGACCAGAAGCACCCCAAGAAGAAUCAGUACCCACAGAGGAACCGGUGCUUGCCCCCACGCAAGAAGACAAGCUCCCCCAGUCUCCAUGUACCCCUGAAGUGGAGGAGAGUUUCCUGUAGCCCCUCAUUAGAGGGCUGAAGUUAGAGGUGUCUACUGUAUAAGGACAAUGUUGUACAUGACAAUGUGUGUUGCUAGUUAAACACUAAUGUUGUAGGCCCUUUUAGGAAACAUUAUAUCGUUAUUAUUUUUGUAUAUUGGUAAUAUACUGUAUAUCUUUCAGGUACUUUUCCCCUUGUAAUGCUAUGAUUCACAAAAAAAGCAUCAGCAGUUUGACACAUGGCAAUGUUAUAUACAAAUGUAAUCAAAUUGAAGUUGUCAAACUGUAAAGAAAAGUAUAUUUGGCAUGGGAAUACAUUUAAUUUCAAUCAUUAAAAAAGUAUAAUUUAAAGAGUAUGUAAGCUUGCAGUAAUGCACCUCAUAUUUGCACUUCUCAUUCUCAAUUUUAGACAAAAUAAUGCUUUGAAAAAGCGAUUAAAUAAAUUGAGGCAUACAUUUUGGGACUAUUAAAUGAAUGAUAUAUACCCAUUGAUUCUCGAAGAAUAUAACUUAUAAAUGCCUGCUUAGCUUAACUGUCCUACCCCAUCAGAACCCAACAUAUAAACUUGCUUUAACUCCACUGUUUGUAAACAAUGGGAUUGUAAACAAACACUGUAACAAACACUGCCUCGAAACAUGGGCUCAAAUUCAAUCAGAUCAAGCCUUAACUUGCGAUAGCAGACAGCUGCAUAGGAUGCUUUGGCGGUGUUGGAACUGCACUGGAGCGAUCAAAUCAGUCAGCAGCUGCUCUUGCGAUCAUUGUAACGAAGCAACACACGCCCCACUCGCGUUAGAAGUGUAGGCUAUCUAGAACCUAAAAGGGUUAUUUGGCUGUUCCCAUAGGAGAACCUUUUGAACAACCCUUUUUGUUGUCAGGUAGAACCCUUUUUGUUGUCAUUCAUAUUCCAUUCACCCAGUUCAACGUAACAUCGAUAAGUUUAGGCUACUACAUGAUACUCUAAUUUUCCCUGUACCCAUCAUGAGUUUGCUAAAAACCUAGCCUAUGAAUGAGUUUAAAACAUAGGCGCGCACAAGUCGAGAGAAAUUUGAGUAAUCAAGGUGACAGACAGUGACACAUUCAUCCGCCUUGCACAAUCUUGCCUGCAUCUGGCUGAUCUGGGGUGUGAUCAUUAGUCCAACAGUUGCAAACUAUUGGACCAAUUCAGUUAAUGUUUAUCCCCAUUUCAGCUUUUCUUUUCAACAGAAUGGGCAGAAUGAAUACACCCCUGAUCACACUCAAACAGUUCAAUUUCAUAGCAGCCACAUACAAACAGCAUGAUCCCUUUAAUCGUUGUAGAAUUCCUUCGCUUGUGGACUUCAGUGCACAACAUAACAGCUGUUCUGUGACCAGGCGAAAAAAACACAGACUACAUCUUUGUCACCAUAUUAUCUAAUGUCAAGUCAACAGAGCUACUAGAACUAAUGCGUUAAUAAACCCACUACAUUGCCGUACAGUUAGCAAGCAGUUUAGCCGUUACAUUGGCGGCCCCGGUGGCAAUAAAUUAAUCAAACCAAAAGCUUACCUUGACUUGGAAGAGAUCCACUGUUGGAUAGCCAUAGUCAGCUAGGUAACAUAGCAUCCAUCUCUGUUUGAGCCGGGUGUUUGAGUAGGCUAAACUAGCUAGCUGCAUUCCCUAGCUAAGAAAGUGAAAGUGAAAAAAACAAAAUAUAGCUCUCCCUCUCUUUGAUCUUCAUUUUUGAAGAAAUGUAUUCGUUCUGUAAAUGUAACUGUUCAACUAUUGUCUUUCUCUCUCUUUCAGUCAACUACUCACCACAUUUUAUGCACUGCAGUGCUAGCUAGCUGGGCUUAUGCUUUCAAUACUAGAUUCAUUCUCUGAUCCUUUGAUUGGGUGAACAACAUGUCAGUUCAUGCUGCAAGAGCUCUGAUAGGUCAGAGGACAUCCUCCAGAAGUUGUCAUAAUUACUGUGUAAGUCUAUGGAAGGGGGUGAGAACCAUGAGCCUCCUAGGUUUUGUAUUGAAGUCAAUGUACCCAGAGGAGAAUGGACACUAGCUGUCCUCCGGUUACACCCCCCGUGGUGUUAACCUACAGAGUGCUGUUGAGGCUACUGUAGACGUUGAUUGCAAAACAGUGUGUUUUAAACAAUUGUUUGGUGACGUGAAUAUUUUAGCAUAGUUUUAUCUAAAAAGGAUAACUUUCUUAAUGUUUCACCAAAAAAUAAUAUUCUGAAGUUCACUGAGGAUGGUUCUCUGAGGACCCUCCACUGCUUUCCACAGAGGGUUCCACAUGAAGCCCAAUAGAGUUCUACCAGGAACCAAAAAAGGUUCUACCUGGAGCCAAAAAAGGGUUCUCCUAUCGGCACAGCUGGAAAAACGCCAAUUUCAGCAACGCUCCCCAAUAAUGCCAAAAUCCUUUUUUUCUGAGAGUACAUAGAAAUCAUUUUGCCCAAAUUGAAAAAUCAUUCAACAAAAUAGAGGAUUCAAAUUAUCUUAAUUGAGGUGUAAAAUUACAUCACAAAUUCCAGUGUUCGAACUUGUAAACAAUGCUGCAUGGGUGUUCUUUUAAUGUGACUCCGUGCAGCCAAUGGCAAUGUCCGCCUUAGGUAUAAUGCCAGGAGCCGCUUGUGGAUUUGACAGCUCUAAAGCGUCCACAUAUACAGUGCCUUCGGAAAGUAUUCAGACCCCUUGACUUUUUCCAAAUUGUGUUAUGUUACAGCCUUCCACAAUGGAUUAAAUAGAUAAAAAUCUGCAGAAAACCUACACACACAUCCCCCCAUAAUGACAAAAUGAAAACAGGUUUUUAGAAUUGUUUUGCACAAUUAACAAAAAAACACUGAAAUACCUUAUUUACAUAAGUAUUCAGACCCUAUGAAACUCAAAAUUGAGCUCACGUGCAUUCUGUUUCCAUUGGUCAUCUUUGAGAUGUUUCUACAACUUGGUUGGAGUCAACCUGUGGUGAAUUCAAUUGAUUGGACAUUAUUUGGAAAGGCACACACCUGUCUAUAUAUCCACAGUUAACAGUGCAUGUCAGAGCAAAAACCAAGCCACGCGGUCUAAAUAAUUGUCCGUAGAGAUCCGAGACAGGAUUGUGUCGAGGUAUUUCAGUUUUACAUUUUUAUAAAUUUACAAACAUUUCUAACAACAUAUUUUUGCUUUGUCAUCAUGGGGUAUUGUGCAUAAAUUGAUGAGGAUUUUUAUUUAUUUAAUGCAUUUUAGAAUAAGGCUGUAACGUCACAAAAUGUAGAAAAAGUCAAGGGGUCUGAAUACUUUCCGAUUGCACUGUAUAUAAGCAAACUGUUUGGACUGGGAAGCAAAUGGUAAGCUUAACAUAGUUCCACCUCAGACACCGCCAAAGCAGCUGCCUUGUGGAUGUCGUUCCAUCCGUAGCUCUGUCUAUGAAUUUGAGAGGGGUUGCAUUUCUCCAGCCCCAUCCCUCAGCUGUUUGCCCAAAACAGGGGCAGGGUGACGGCUUUGUUAUUGUUUGAACUGCAGAUUCCCCCCUUAAGCACUACAUCUCAUUCCUUCCAAGGGUUCUCAUGUGGUCAGGGUUGUUCCAUCAGGUUUCAUCAGCAUAUUACAAGGUACUGAUUGUAAAUGCCCGAAUUAAUUUGUGAUGUUACAUUUUUCAUCAAUAGUAUAUAUACAUUGUGCCUAAUCUGUUUGUCUGGCUAGAGUACUGUCUUGUACAAAAUGCUGUUGAAUUUCCAACUCUAUAUUGAAAGGUCUGUGGCAUGUAUCCUUGAGUGUUAACUCGGACACAUUGAAAGGGCAGUUGAUACUUUACAUGCAAUUUAUUGAGCUGUACUAAAUGACUUAGUUUUAAUGUUGUUUUAAUGAUUUUUCAUGUGGUUUAAUUUCAAAUGAAGUGCCUUUAUUGUUAACAUUUUCUUCAUAAUCUUUCAAUUUGUACUCUCUGUAUGGUAUCAUUCGUAUACAGUCUGUAAUGUAUGGUACCUCUAUAUCAAAGCAAUGAUAGUAUAUUCUUAUUUAUAAACUGGGUAGGUUCCUGUAUGCUGAUUGGCUGAAAGCCGUGGUAUAUCAGACAAUAUACCACAGAUAUGAUGCAAAAUUACUUUGAAUUAUUUUUGUAACCAGUUUAUAAUAGCAAUACGGCGCCUCGGGGGUUUGUGGUAUAUGACCAUUAUACCAGGCUAAGGGGCUAUAUCCAAGCCCUCCACAUUGUGUUGUGCAUAAGAACAACCCUUUGCCAUGGUAUAUUGGCCAUAUACCACACCUCCUCGGGGCUUAUUGCUUAAAUAUACACUUUUCAUUACUGUAACCAGGGCUGGCAAAACAUGUAUGUGUUCCCUGUUCUGUUAGGUAUCUAAAUUGUAAAUAAUAGUAAGAUGGAAAGGCAAACGGCAGAGGGAUGUUUGAAAAAUAUUGCCGAUAUCUAAACAUCUUAGACGGGAAAAAAGGUGCACAUUUCUAUUUUUAAUGAACUCCAUACGUUAAUUGAGAUGCAUACAUUGCUACACAACAAAUGCACUGCGAGUUUUUUUUAAAGGCAUUUGCUUGCAUAUUUUGUUAUAUCCGUUAAAAUUAAUAAUGGGCAGCCCAUUCUACUGUACAUGCAAUAAAGAUGUUCACUAUUAUUUCCA